AUGCAGUGGAGUCUGUAUCUGCUUAUUCUGAUGGGUCAGUGUUGCUUCUUUACAUGCCGCCUGUAUGAGUACCACUUUAUUGCAGAAAACAAGAGCUGGUCUGAAGCACAGAGAUACUGCAGAGAGAAAUAUACAGACCUGGCCAAAGUGUUUGACAUGACAGACAUGAGCAGACUCCGUAACUCCGCACAGAAUCAAGGAGAAGCCUGGAUUGGACUGAACAACAACACAGGUGGAAACAGGACGUGGCAUUGGUCUCUGCCAGGAGUGGAAUACAUUCAUAAUGACAGCAGCUGGAAUCUGGAUGGAAGAACUGGUACUGAGCAGCCUGGAAACUGUGGGAGGAAAAGAUACGAUAAGGGAGCUAAAAAGCUGGCAGAUGUUUCAUGUGACCAUAAAAUGUGGUUCAUCUGCUACGAUGAAAUGAAGAAAGACAAUAAAACAUUGUAUUUGAUAAAAACAUCUAUGAACUGGACACAGGCUCAGAGCUACUGCAGAUACCAUCACACUGACUUGGCCAGUGGACUCGAUCAGGUUGAUGAAGAAAAAAUGAAGGCCCUGAUUAAGAAUGAGGACUUCAAGUUUACCGCAUGGGUCGGUCUGUUCAGAGACAGCUGGAGGUGGUCAGAUGGGAGUAAUUCCUCUUUCAGAUACUGGGAUACAGAUAAACUGAUCCUGAUCAAAGAAAACAAAACCUGGGAGGAGGCCUUGGAUUACUGUAGAGAGUCUCACAGGGGACUGGUCUCCAUCACUAACCUUCAAGAGCAGGGAUGGGUCCAAGACAAAGCCAAGAAUGCCUCGAGUCCUUUUGUCUGGCUCAGCCUGCGCUACUCCUGCACUCUGGAUCUGUGGUUCUGGAUCAAUGACAAGCUGGUCUGUUAUGAGAAGUGGAGCAGAGAGGGAAAGACUGAGGAUUGUGGCAGGGCUGUGGGCAUGCAGAGUGGAGGACAGUACGAGUGGGUCAGUCAGAGAGACAAUGAGAAAUAUAAUUUUGUUUGUUUUAAAUAA